UUGUGAGCUCUGUAGAUCCCAGCAGAGUGAGCUUGUGUCCUCUUCUUUGUUUUAGGAUGAAUCCUGCAUGCUGCUCGGACCGGGGCCUUCAUUUUGACCUCUUCUCUGGUUUUGUCAGAUUAUUCCUCUUGAGCAAAAAUGAUGAAGCCAAUGAAGUUCUUCAGGUUCGUCUGUGAAGGUGAGCAGGACUGAGAGGACUGAGCAGGAGUGAGAGGAGAGAAGACUUAAUGAUCACAGCUGUGCUUCAUUAGACCUGAUCACUCUCACCUGUCAGCAGAUGAGUUCACACUGCUGUGGUCAGACAAAGGUCAAACAGAAGAACAUGUGAUCAAUAAUGAUCAAGGAGGAUUUCUUGCGUGACCUGGUGGCGGCAGAGACUCUGGAUCCAGGAUGUGAGGUGUUGGUGGUCGUUGAUGGUCGUUGAUGGUUGUGGAUGAACAGCUGUAGGAGGGGCUUUGUCAGAUAAGGACAGCAUUAGGUCUGAAGAUGGCUCUCAUCCUGCAGCGUUUCCUGCUGGCUCUUCUUCUGGGAGUGAACGUGUUCGUCAACAUUCAUGCUCAAGAGGUGGAGGUGUCUGAGGCGUGGACCAGCAGGUCUUGUAAAUGUGACUGUGAUGGAUCAGAAACCCCGACUGAGUUUUCCACCAUUGGUAGUGGCGCCAUGGUGCGAGGAGUGGACUGUAUGCCAGAGUGUCCGUACCACAAGCCUAUGGGCUUCGAGGCCGGAUCAGUGAGCCCAGACCAGAUCACCUGCUCCAACCAGGACCAGUACACCGGCUGGUUCUCCUCGUGGCUCCCCAGCAGGGCCCGCCUCAACACCCAGGGCUUUGGCUGUGCCUGGCUGUCCAAGUUCCAGGACAGUAGUCAGUGGCUGCAGAUCGACCUGAGGGAGGUGAUGGUGGUCUCAGGGAUCCUCACUCAGGGCCGCUGUGACGCUGAUGAGUGGAUCACCAAGUACAGCAUUCAAUACCGCUCGGAUGAGAAACUGAACUGGAUCUAUUACAAAGAUCAGACCGGAAACAACAGGGUGUUCUAUGGAAACUCUGACCGCUCCUCGUCCGUGCAGAACCUCCUGAGGCCGCCCAUCGUGGCUCGUUUCAUCCGCAUCCUGCCGCUCGGAUGGCACACACGCAUCGCUCUGCGCCUGGAGCUGCUGCUCUGCAUGAACAAAUGCAUGUGAACCUUUCCUCCUACGUCCGUCAGUCCCGAGGCCUUUCCCUGAACUUCAUCUUUCAGCCCCAUCGUUUGAGUGUGUGGUCCAUCCUCAGAUUAAACCCCUCCAGCUACAUGCAGAAAACCUCAUAAAACAACAGUUAGGAAGGUUUAAAAAGAAUAAUAGACUUGAGAUAUUUGAUAUGCAGAGUAGCCUCCAUCCUCUCCAUUUGCUGUGCAGAGCCAGUCUCUGCUGUGGGCUUUAAUUCUCUCAGUUCUCAAUAGAUUGGUCCAUUUGAAAUGAAAUGGCAUAAAUUCAAAGCAAUAAUUAGGCGUGGAGCGAGCGGGCAGCGUUGCUAUGGAGGUUUGAUGCACUGAUGAGCUCUUCUUUUUGUCCUCCUGCGUCUGUUGAAUCUGCUUCACCUGAGGUUAUAAUGCAUCACUUUAACGGCUCCAUCCUUUAAAGUCUUUAUUUAACAUUGAUCCCAGUAAAUGUCUUUAACUCACGUAUUGAUAUCAGAGACAAAGUGUAUAUAUUGAUUAUACACUAGGUGCUGUUAAGUGACACUUUAUUUUCAAUCAACAUUUAGUGUCCAACACGAGCAAGUGUGUAUUCAUCCGCUGCUGGAAAUAGUCCCUCAGAUAUGUACUCUCCUGUUUGGGUAGUGUUUGCUGAAGUUUACUGUGCUGUGCUGUUUAAGGUGAUUACUUUCACAUUUUAAAAACACAAGACUUUCAUUUUGACCCUUUUUUAUGACCACAUUUCUACCUUUUACUUUGAGCAACAACAGAAAGGAUUACAGGCUGUUGGCAUGUUUUUGACAUUGUUUUUUGCAUCAGAUUCGUUGCUAACAUGAAAAAAUAUCAAGAAAAGAAAAAGUCUGUUAUUGUUUUCCUUGUUUGUAAAAAGUAAGAUUUAAUCUCAGGCAUAAAAAAAUCUCUCUCGAUGCUUUUAAAAGAUCGAUGGACGGGUAACUCACCUCAUUGUGCUCACCCCUGACUACUUCCUGUUACACUCCAGUUUCCCAUGAUGCUUUGGGAACGUUUCAACUUUGAAUUUGUGUUCUUUCUUGUAUCUUAAAACUUCUCCCUUCAUUAAAAAAAUCAGUACUUGUCUCA